AGCCCGAUUUCUUUGUUCUCGCACACUUUUUCUUCUUUGUUUCUCUUCUACUUCUGCGCAUCUUCUUCUUCGUCUCAUAUCCGACCAUGAACGGCUCCGUCGAAAAGUCUGAACCGGCGCCCGCCGACCCUGCCCAGGCUUCGCAACAGCAGCAGCAGCAGCAGCAGGCUGGCGAGGCUGAUUCGGUCUCGCAGGUCGAGGUCGGGUGGCUUUUUGUCCAGCAGUAUUACACCUACAUGAACAAGCAUCCCAACAAGCUCCACCAAUUUUACACCCGCAAGUCGAUUAUGUGUCAUGGAAACGAGGGAGAGACUGUUCCUCCUUUGGUCGGCCAGCAGCAAAUCAACAAGAAGAUCGCCGAACUCGACUUCCACGACUGCAAAGUCCUCGUGUCCAACGUCGAUUCGCAGCCUUCGAACGGCGGCCUUGUGAUCCAGGUCCUCGGCGAGAUGUCCAUCCGCGGCGGUCCCUCGCAAAAGUUCGUGCAGACCUUCUUCCUCGCUCAGCAAAAUUCAGGCUACUUUGUCCUCAACGACAUCUUCCGCUUCCUCAAAGACGACCUUGUCGACGACCUCGUCGAGAGCGAAGCCGAGGAGCCCGUCGCCGACGAGACCUCCACCACUCCCGCCGUCGCCGCUCCCGCUCCCGUGCGACCAUCUGCCGCGGUCUCGUCCGCGGUCGACCACAGCUCGGACACCCCUGGCCCGGCUUCGGUUGAGAUCGACGAGGCCACUAUCCAGGAGGAGUACGCCCAGCACGAGAUUGACCCCGACACCCCGGUCGUUGUCGAGGAAGCGCCCCACCCGGCCGUCGACGUGCCUGCCGCGCAGUCCCAGGUCGACGAGGUCCCGCCUGUGCCGCUCGAGCCUCUGCCGGUGGAGAAGCCUGCCGUGCCCGAGGUCACGCCCAAGCCUGAGCCCGCAAAGCCGACCUCGUGGGCGGCGCUUGUUGCGAAGAAGACCGCUUCGGGCACCCCGGCUUCUACUGCCACUAGCACCACCACCGCUGCCGCUCCCGCCCCGGCCGCUGCUCCCGCUCCGGCUGCCAAAGCUGCCGCGAAGCCCGACGACAGGAAGCGCGAGUUUCUCUCGAUCUACGUCAAGGGUGUGACCGACAAGGUUUCCGAGGACGAGCUCCGCGAGGGUCUUGCCAAGUUCGGCACCAUCACGCACUUUGAGGUGCAGCGCGGCAAGUCCUGCGCGGUUGUCGACUACGCGGAUGCCAGCAUGGUUAGGGUCGCGCGCGAGGCCAAGACGCUGACGUUCGAGAACGGGGCGACCGUGUUUAUCGAAGACCGGCGCCGGAACGGUCCGUCUUCGAACCACCAGGGCCAGCGCAAUGGCACGUUCCAGCAAAAGGCUAAUGGACGGUUUGACGACAAGCGUAAGCAGGGCGGCCAGCAGGGCGGCCAGCAGAACGGGAUCGAGAACCAGAACGGGCGGUCAAGAAACAACCGAACGAACAAUGCGAAGAAGGCCAACAAGCAGUAGACUGUCU